AAACGGCUGAUAAAGGAAAUCCCUCUGCACAAUUGAGAUAUGGAAUAUGUUUAUGGAAAGGUGAAGGUAUUGCUGCAAAUUCUUUGGAAGCUUUUAGAUAUUUAAAAAAUGCAGCUAAUUCAAGAAAUUCCACCGCAAUGUAUAUUAUUGGAAAGGCUUAUUGGAAUGGUGGUAAUGGUAUUGAACAAGAUAGGGAACAAGGGGCAAAAUAUUUAAGAGAAGCUGCUAAGCAUGAUCAUCCUAAGGCUUCAGAAAUCUGA